AUGAGUACUAAAUCUUGUAUUGUCAAUCCUAACAUCAAAGUUGCUCAACUCAAAAAACAAAUUGCAUAACUUACAGAUAUAGAUGAAAAAGACUUAACACUUUAUCUAAAUGAUUACACUCUUGAAGAUGAAAAUCUAUUAUCUAGUUAUAAUCCAGAUGAUUGUCAAUUUAUUUAUGUUAAUAGAGACAAUUUUUAAUUAGAUGAAGAUAUUCUUGAAACUGAAAUCUUGGAAAUACAAAAUCGAGGAAUCUAUAAUCGAAUGAAAGGCUAUGAAAAAUUAGGCAUUAUUCAUGAAGAUUCUGAAGAAGUUACGCGUAAAAAGUCUAAUUAAUAACUUACAGUUGAUUUUAUUAAGGUAACUUGCAUGUGUCCAUUAAUCAGCUAGUAAAAAAUAAUGAUAUAUCCGCUAUCAAAGACCUGUUACCAAUCCAAUAUCCAAUAGACAUCAUAAAUGAUAGACAAUACUCUGGAUUCUCUGCCUUCCAUUAUGCAAAUCAAUCUGGUCAUUCCGAACUAGUUACAUUAUUUAUUGAAUUAGGUGCCAACAUCAAUCUUUCAACUAAGGAUAAUCAAUCACCAUUAUAAUUAGCACUUAAAAACAAUUAAAUCUCAUGUGCCAAAAUUUUACUAUUUCAACCUCAUUGUGAUGUCAAUUAUGUAUCUCAAGGCAAGAGUGCUCUUUAAUUAGCAGUCUUAGCAGGCAAUUUAGAAAUUGUUGAACUCAUCCUUAAACAUCCAACAUUUGAUUCCUAAUCUAUAGAUCUAAAUGAAUUAAAAGGAGAUCCAUAAGCUAUUCAAUUAGUUGUUAAUUUAUAGAAAUCAAAUCAAACCAAUUUAAUCACUAAACCAAAAGCUCAAAAAGGAUACAUUAAAAAGGUUAAUGUGCUUAGAUUUUUUCAUUACAAAAGAUACUUAACUCUUGAUCCAGAAGCAGGAACCUUAACAAGAUACAAAACUGAAACUGAUUAUCCACUUUAACCUAUUGAAGUUGUUGCUCUUUCUAAUAUAAUAAGUGUAUGGUAACCUAAAAGAGAAUGGUAUAUGAAAAAUGAUCAUGAAUAUUUGAGUGUAUUAAAUCAUUAUUCAUAUUAAGGUAUCUUAUAAGAAGGGAGGAAUUGAAAUCUUAACAUUUUGUUCUAAAAGUAAAAAUACAAUAUUAAGUUGGAGGAGAAGUUUAGAAGAUUCAAUCAAAUAUUAUACUGAAAUAGAAAAAAAAAUAGCUUAAUUAUCUGAAUUAAGAGAUAUAUAAGGAUUAAGUUUAUAUAUAAAUGAGAAUAGUGAAUAAUUUAAUAUAAUUUAAGAUUCUUCUUUUUAAAAUAAUGAAUAUGUGAUUAAAUAAAAAUAAUUAAUUUAAUAAUAAGAAGAAGAUAAUUAAUAAAGAUUGGAUACUUUAUAAAAUAUAUAAGAUAAUAAUUAAUAAUAAUAAUAAUAAUAAUAANGGGGUAAUAUGAGUACUAAAUCUUGUAUUGUCAAUCCUAACAUCAAAGUUGCUCAACUCAAAAAACAAAUUGCAUAACUUACAGAUAUAGAUGAAAAAGACUUAACACUUUAUCUAAAUGAUUACACUCUUGAAGAUGAAAAUCUAUUAUCUAGUUAUAAUCCAGAUGAUUGUCAAUUUAUUUAUGUUAAUAGAGACAAUUUUUAAUUAGAUGAAGAUAUUCUUGAAACUGAAAUCUUGGAAAUACAAAAUCGAGGAAUCUAUAAUCGAAUGAAAGGCUAUGAAAAAUUAGGCAUUAUUCAUGAAGAUUCUGAAGAAGUUACGCGUAAAAAGUCUAAUUAAUAACUUACAGUUGAUUUUAUUAAGGUAACUUGCAUGUGUCCAUUAAUCAGCUAGUAAAAAAUAAUGAUAUAUCCGCUAUCAAAGACCUGUUACCAAUCCAAUAUCCAAUAGACAUCAUAAAUGAUAGACAAUACUCUGGAUUCUCUGCCUUCCAUUAUGCAAAUCAAUCUGGUCAUUCCGAACUAGUUACAUUAUUUAUUGAAUUAGGUGCCAACAUCAAUCUUUCAACUAAGGAUAAUCAAUCACCAUUAUAAUUAGCACUUAAAAACAAUUAAAUCUCAUGUGCCAAAAUUUUACUAUUUCAACCUCAUUGUGAUGUCAAUUAUGUAUCUCAAGGCAAGAGUGCUCUUUAAUUAGCAGUCUUAGCAGGCAAUUUAGAAAUUGUUGAACUCAUCCUUAAACAUCCAACAUUUGAUUCCUAAUCUAUAGAUCUAAAUGAAUUAAAAGGAGAUCCAUAAGCUAUUCAAUUAGUUGUUAAUUUAUAGAAAUCAAAUCAAACCAAUUUAAUCACUAAACCAAAAGCUCAAAAAGGAUACAUUAAAAAGGUUAAUGUGCUUAGAUUUUUUCAUUACAAAAGAUACUUAACUCUUGAUCCAGAAGCAGGAACCUUAACAAGAUACAAAACUGAAACUGAUUAUCCACUUUAACCUAUUGAAGUUGUUGCUCUUUCUAAUAUAAUAAGUGUAUGGUAACCUAAAAGAGAAUGGUAUAUGAAAAAUGAUCAUGAAUAUUUGAGUGUAUUAAAUCAUUAUUCAUAUUAAGGUAUCUUAUAAGAAGGGAGGAAUUGAAAUCUUAACAUUUUGUUCUAAAAGUAAAAAUACAAUAUUAAGUUGGAGGAGAAGUUUAGAAGAUUCAAUCAAAUAUUAUACUGAAAUAGAAAAAAAAAUAGCUUAAUUAUCUGAAUUAAGAGAUAUAUAAGGAUUAAGUUUAUAUAUAAAUGAGAAUAGUGAAUAAUUUAAUAUAAUUUAAGAUUCUUCUUUUUAAAAUAAUGAAUAUGUGA